AUGGCGCAGGGCAUAACAACCGGAGGGAAGUAUUGGGAGGAUAGAGUAGCCUUCGAAACAGAAGGAGCAAGUCAAGAAGAUGUGGAAUAUGAUGAUGUUUUGGAGCUUAAUAAAUUUGACGGACUACCCUACUCCUCUCGAUAUUACACAUUACUGAAGGAAAGGAUGGCUCUACCAGUUUGGAAAGCCAAGUGUGAUUUCAUGGACAAGCUGGCCAACAAGCAGUUUGUUAUUGUCUCUGGCACUGCAAAAACUGGCAGAAGCUGUCAGGUGAGUUGAUUACUCAAUGUUUGGUAUACUCAGUGUAUAUUUGUAAUACAUAGUGACUAUGGGUUGCAUCCCAAAAAUCUCUCCUUUCUCAGAAAUUGUGCACUUGUUCAAUUCCCUUCUUGGAUUUGAAAGAAAAGGACUGGUAUAAGGAAUAGGCCUAUGGUGGAAUCUCCCUCUGGUCUAGCCCAUUCCUAUACUAAUCCAAUGUUUUUACAUGUGUGAGAAGUACUGAACCAAUGCACACUUCAGGAGUAAAUAAAGAUUGUCCAACUGGUAAGUGAAAUGAGGGGUUUAAUUAAUGCUCUCAUUAUGACUGAAGGACUUGAUUAGAGAAAGGAUCAUUUGUUGUAGCAGUGUGUUUCAUGUUCUUAUCUUUCUUCCUGUGGCAUGCUAAGAUCCCCCAGUGGUGUGCAGAGUUCUGCCUGUCUGUCCAGUACCAGAAUGGCAUGGUGGUGUGCACCCAGGUCCACAGGCAACAUACAGUGGAUCUGGCCCUGCGUGUAGCUGAUGAGAUGGAUGUCAACAUUGGCCAUGAAGUGGGCUACAGCAUCCGCCUAGAGACAUGCUGCUCUGGUGACACUGUUCUCAGGUCUGUAAACACUAUUAUACACACUGCUCACACACUAUUUCACAAACACACACACUCUCUUUCUCAUACACACUUACAUCACCCCCCUCUUUCCUGGCGUCUGUCUUUUCCGGGGGGGGGGGGGGGGGGGGGGGGGGGGGGGGGGGGGGUAACCACGGAAGUGAACCACGGAAACCUAAUUAAUCCACUGACCAGACUAAUUACUAGAGUAAAUGACACUAGCACAAAGCAGCUUCAUUAAGGACCCUUUCAGGAGGACGGCUAAUACAUCAUGUUGUCUUACACUUUUGGCUGUAAUUUGCUAUUAGAGCACUAGAAUUGAUUGCUUUUACGUUUUUGUAGAAGUGUGUACUUGAUAAAUCACUUUAGCAGAAGUUUACCAACACAGAUGCUACUCCCACAAACCUGUUACCUUACGCCUGUUUACGACCAUACAUCUGUUUGUGGGUGUAUACAGUUGAAGUCGGAAGUUUACAUACACUUAGGUUGGAGUCAUUAAAACUUGUUUUUCAACCACUCCACACAUUUCUUGUUAACAAACUAUAGAUUUGUGUGUAGUUACCAGCCCGUGUAACUGUCAAAAUGGAAGGCACUGGACUCUGAAUGGAGGUCAUUUUUGUCACAUUAUCAUGGUCCAUACACAUUCAGCCCAAUCAGCUUUGAGAGUGUGAGGUCUAUUGGUGUUGACAAGACAGGCAGGAGAUGUCUUGUUCCAAGGCAGUAACGUAUAGCUACACACUACAUGGGGGAAAACGUUUCAUCAGAAUCACCUUGGGAGAAGCCAUUCUAGUCAGUUUCAGUACUCGGCAGUAAUGGAGAAAACCAGUAGUGCAAGGACAUGAGGUGAAAGAAGCAGACAGGUUUAUGUAGAUGCACAGCUUCUUGUUUAGUGGUAGCUCUGAUGCAGCAGCGUUGUCUGGAUAGUAAAGCUAGAGUACGUUGUGUUUCCUCCCUGUCAACUCCAUACAAUACACAAAAGCUGAGCUAGCUCUGCUCAGGUGGCACAACUGAACAGUAUUGGUAAAGCACAAUAACGAAAUCAGUUGAAUGUGUUAUGUGCAGCAAAGCGCAUACAGUUUCAGUGAUAUUUAAGAAAAAUGAGACAUCGAGUGACAUUAAUUAGGGAUACUGGGAGAAUCUAGUUUUUAUACUCACCCAUAGUCAGAAGAACUUGUGGAUACCAUUCUUCAUAUGUUAGUGUACCUGUAGACUUCUAGUCAUUGCGCUAACGCUAGUUAGCAUUGGCUCGUGAAACUAACUUCCUUCAUACUGCACGCAGAGACAUAACAAUUGUAUCCACGAGUUCUUCUGACUCUGGGUAAUAGCUGUUAUUUUGUCCUACAAAUAAUAUAAGCACCCAUUAUAGUAGUGGCAAAGUAAAACUGAUCAAAAUUUAGAUUAUUUGUCAUCUAAAUAGGCAACCGCAUGAUUCAUAAAAUACAUUCACUGUUAAAGGAAAUUAAAUCCUAAUAAAGACAGAACUGUGCAGACUAAUGAAACCAUAGCUUACACAUACAGUUGAAGUCGGAAGUUUACAUACACUUAGCUUGGAGUCAUUAAAACUUGUUUUUCAACCACUCCACAAAUUUCUUGUUAACAAACUAUAGUUUUGGCAAGUCGGUUAGGACAUCUACUUUGUGCAUGACACAAGUAAUUUUUCCAACAAUUGUUUACAGACAGAUUAUUUCACUUAUAAUUCACUGUAUCACAAUUCCAGUGGGUCAGAAGUUUACAUACACUAAGUUGACUGUGCCUUUAAACAGCUUGGAAAAUUCCAGAAAAUGAUGUCAUGGCUUUAGAAGCUUCUGAUAGGCUAAUUGACAUCAUUUAAGUCAAUUGGAGGUGUACCUGUGGAUGUAUUUCAAGGCCUACCUUCAAACUCAGUGCCUCUUUGCCUGACAUCAUGGGAAAAUCAAAAGAAAUCAGGCAAGACCUCAGAAAAAAAAUUGUAGACCUCCACAAGUCUGGUUCAUCCUUGGGAGCAAUUUCCAAACGCCUGAAGGUACCACAUUCAUCUGUACAAACAAUAGUAUGCAAGUAUAAACACCAUGGGACCACACAGCCAUCAUACCGCUCAGGAAGGAGACAAGUUCUGUCUCCUAGAGAUGAACGUACUUUGGUGCGUAAAGUGCAAAUCAAUCCCAGAACAACAGCAAAGGACCUUGUGAAGAUGCUAGAGGAAACGGGUACAAAAGUAUCUAUAUCCACAGUAAAACGAGUCCUAUAUAGACAUAACCUGAAAGGCCGCUCAACAAGGAAGAAGCCACUGCUCCAAAACCGCCAUAAAAAAGCCAGACUACGGUUUGCAACUGCACAUGGGGACAAAGAUCGUACUUUUUGGAGAAAUGUCCCCUGCUGUGGGGGUGCUUUGCUGCAGGAGAGACUGGUGCACUUCACAAAAUAGAUGGCAUCAUGAGGAAGGAAGAUUAUGUGGAUAUAUUGAAGUAACAUCUCAAGACAUCAGUCAGGAAGUUAAAGCUUGGUCGCAAAUGGGUCUUCCAAAUGGACAAUGACCCCUAGCAUACUUCCAAAGUUUUGGCAAAAUGGCUUAAGGACAACAAAGUCAAGGUAUUGGAGUGGCCAUCACAAAGCCCUGACCUCAAUCCUAUAGAAGAUUUGUGGGCAGAACUGAAAAAGCGUGUUCGAGCAAGGAGGCCUACAAACCUGACUCAGUUACACCAGCUCUGUAAGGAGGAAUGGGCCAAAAUUCACCCAACUUAUUGUGGGAAGCUUGUGGAAGGCUACCCGAAACGUUUGACCCAAGUUAAACAAUUUAAAGGCAAUGCUACCAAAUACUAAUUGAGUGUAUGUAAACCUCUGACCCACUGGGAAUGUGAUGAAAGAAAUAAAAGCUUAAAUAAAUAAUUCUCUCUACUAUUAUUCUGACAUUUCACAUUCUUAAAAUAAAGUGGUGAUCCUAACUGACCUAAGACAGGGAAUUUUGACUAGGAUUAAAUGUCAGGAAUUGUGAAAAACUGAGUUUAAAUGUAUUUGGCUAAGAUUGAAUGUAAACUUCUGACUUCAGCUGUAUGUACUGUAUGUUUGUGACCAUUUUCCUCUUCACCACCCCAGGUACUGCACUGAUGACAUGCUGCUCAGAGAGAUGAUGUCAGACCCCAUGCUGGAGCACUACGGUGUCAUCGUCAUCGACCAGGCCCAUGAGAGGACGGUCAGUACAGACGUUCUGCUGGGCCUGCUCAAAGACAUCGCCCUGCAGAGGCCCGAGCUCCGUGUGGUGCUCCUCACAGCUACACACCCAGGACCCAAACUACUGGGCCACUACAGGAAUGUCCCACUGAUCCAGCUGGAGGGUGUGUGUUCAGCAGAGGUGGUGUAUACUGGUACCAGCCACAAGGACUACUUCUGCUCUGCCCUGCGACUGGUUCUGGAGAUACACCACUCCCAAGAGGAAGGGGAUAUAGUCGUGUUUUUGGCCACAACUCAAGUAAGAUCUGCUUAAAAUGUAAUCUCCUAGUCUACAGUCUGGGAAUGUGGGAGAAGCCAUACCAUGACAACUGUUGCUUGGGGAAUAGCUUUUCUCAACUUUCUCUUCUUCUCGUGUUUUUCCCUAUCUCAGGAGAUAGAUCUUGCCCGUGAUAUCCUCCGUCGCGAGGAGGCCAAUAUAUCUCCACAUCUAGGGGAACUUCUCCCUAUCUCGGUGCACCCUGGGCUGGGUGGGACUCUGCCCAUGCCGGGAGAAGAGGACGGCCGGUGCAGAAGAGUCUUCCUCACCUCCAGUCCAAACGAAGACCUCUUUUGGGCUGUGCACAUGCUGAACUUUGUCAUCGAUGCCGGUGUCCAGAAAAGAAAUGUAACACGUUGACAAAUAGUUAUUUUAAGAGAAGCUUUUUGGUAACUACAUUGUAAAAGUUUAUUUAAAUGAAUGAAUGUUGGUCUUUCCUCAUUUUAUAGGUUUAUAACCCUAGGAUCAGGGCAAACUCAGUCGCCAUUCAACCUAUCAGUAGGAGUCAAGCAGAGAGCCGCAAACAGCUUGUAGGACCAACAGGUAUGACAAACACUGAAGUCAGUAACAAAGUCCAGGUGUUGAAGUCACAUACAGUCUGGAGAGUCAUGUGUUCUUGCUAACCUGAGUGCAUAAUUUCCCGCAGGGAAGAGUUUCUGUCUGUACCCAGAGGACACACCCCUGCCCAGCGAGACACGCCCCCACAUCCUGGAUUCUGACAUCACAUCCACGGUGCUCUUCCUGAAGAGGAUGGACAUCGGUGGCCUGGGUCGCUGUGACUUCAUCGACAGGCCAGGUACGGCAAGACAGGCUGAACAAGUACAGGGUCUUUCUUCAGCAUUACAUUUAAUGUAUCUACAGUACUAAUGUGACAGGACAGCUAAAUGUAUACAUACUGAAUGGAGUGAAACAUCAGUACAAUGAAAUUACAUCCAUAAUGCAAUAAUGUCCCUUGAUUGGUGGCAUAACACCAGUGUUGUUUUGUAUCUAGGGUUUUGAGUUCCAUGCAUCCUGUAGAGAGACAUUUUGGGUUGAGCUCAGUUAGUUAGUUUGGCCUGUGUGGUAUUGAAGGGCGGUGAGCCGUGCGUAAACUGAGCUGACAAGCCCUGUUCUACCGCCAUUGUUUUCAGAGCUGACCUGCUUCUGUGAGAUCUGGCGCUAGGCUAUAGCCCUACACAUGGCUCCCUGGGCCUAGUGAUGCAGCAGAGGCCAUGGAGGGCUAACACUCAUUAGAGAUAAGAGCUUAGCCAAGCUGUGUGUGUGUGUGUGUAACCCUGCCAAGCACUACAGCUUAAUGGUGUGCAGCAGGGCAAUGUGGGCGUUCCACUAUAAGCCCAUGAUUGGAUGCCAUUUAGAUUGAAAGUGUGUGCUAAAUGGGUGUGUGGUGUGAUAUUAUUUUAAUGUUGUUGCUGCUGUGAUGCCAUUUCUCAGGAUUAGACUAUUACCAUAAUUACCAUAACGUGACAGUAUAUUUGAGAUGCUUAUUGCCCUGUAUACUCUAUUGUUGAAAACAUUGUUACAUCCAAAAGCGGCAGUUUAAAGCAAAGCCUCUCAGAACAUAUAUUUUGCAUAGUGAUGCACAGCUGAAAUAAGGAUAUUGAGGAUUAAGAUUACAAUCAAUUUAGCCUGCUUGCCAGUUGUACAACCGUAACAAACUGUUUACAGAUUAUUUUCUUUAUAAAGUCAGAUACUUCACAGUUCUGUCAUGCACAGUUUAGAUUCAUAUCCUAGGUUGUGUUAUUUCCACCAGAUCCUGAGGGUCUGAUGCAGGCUUUAGAGGAACUGGACUACUUAGCAGCCCUAGAUGACGAUGGGAACCUGUCGGAGAUCGGCAUCAUCAUGUCAGAGUUCCCCCUGGAGCCCCAGAUGGCCAAGACACUACUGGCCUCCUGCGAGUUUGACUGUGUCAGCGAGGUGAUCACCAUCGCCGCUAUGCUGGCAGGUGUGUGGGACUUCAACUUGUGCUCUGUGGUCUGUAUACCACGUUAAAGAUUCAUGUUAACACACACACACCACCAUGCUGUGGUCAUACUUGCGCACUUGCUGACCUCAUACAAAGUGAAGUCAUGUCAAACCUCACAUGUACUUCAUAGUGUACAAUAUUGAUGCACUAACCCCUUCUCUCAUGCUGCCCUUCUCUUAGCACCAAGCUGCUACCUGGUCCCCUCAAUGGAGUUGAGGCUAGAGGCCUCUCAGUGUCACCUGAAGUUCCAGCACCCAGAGGGAGACCACUUCACCCUCAUCAACAUCUACAAGGCUUUCAAACAGAACCAGCAGGAGCCCUGUGAGUUCAUAGGCCUACCUGUAGCCACAACCAGCUUGAAGAAAACUAGGUUAACAUUGGCGAUAGAUUUGUCAUUGAUUGAUGCUUGUAAUGUAUACAACCCUAAAUUCCUCUCUCUGGCUUGGCGUGUUCCAGUUGUCAGUGUGGAGAAGUGGUGUCAGGACUACUUCCUGAGUCUGUCUGCCCUGCAGACGGCUGAUGCUAUCCGCUCUGAGCUGACUGACAUCCUGAGGAGGAUAGAGCUGCCUGUCUCCAUGCCUUCCUUUGGUUCCAAGGGAAACACCCUCAACAUCAAGAGAGCACUGUUAGCUGGCUUCUUCAUGCAGGUACGGUGGCUUGGCUUCUACCUUCUGGCAUUAGAUAUCUAUUAAACUGCUACUAUUAAGACACUUGAAAGAUACAAUCUACCAUUUACUUGGAGUGAUUACAAAAGACAGAUACUGUUAUGACUUUCAGGUGGCAAGGGAUGUGGAUUCAUCAGGGAAUUAUUUCAUGUUGACUCACAAACACGUGGCCCAGAUUCACCCUCUCUCUGCCUACGGCACCAAGACGCCCAAACUGGGCCUGCCGGAGUGGGUCCUCUUCCAUGAGUACACAUUCUCAGAGGACAACUGCAUCCGCACCGUGUCCCACAUAUCACCAGAGGAGUAAGUGGACUAGAGGUGGAAGAUGUUCUUUGAACUAUGAUAUAUAUAUUUUUUAAGGGCUUCUGUGGAUCUGAAGUAACCAUUUGUGAAAGAUAUACAUCAACAAAACAAACAUCUAAUAUAUCCAAAUAUAGGAUAUCAAAGAUAAUAUCCAAAAACAACUAAAUAAUAGGUUAUAACCAUGUGUAGCUUCAAAUAGAUAACUACAGAUAUUCACUUCAGGGAGAGAUCAGUUCCCAGACAAUACUUUCCGUUUUGGCCCAGGCUCUUCACAAUGGCACAUUAAAGUCAGAUUGUAACUGGAAAGGGUUUUCUUAAUCCAGCCCUCCAGUUUCAGAUGGUUAAAAGGGGAUUAGGGAUAGCACAGCUACAGUACUUAGACAGUGCUGGUUUAAUGGGGACUGUUAAUGACAGAGAAAGCUAGGCAGCCGUCACAGGUUACACACUGAAAUGUAGCUUUUUAAAUCACUCAAAUGUUUACCAAAUGGUGCCCCUUGCAGCUGUUUGACUGAUGUUACUGUAAAUGCUAUAUCCAAUAAAGAGAGUCAUUCAUAGGAAACCCUAGAUUGAGAUUCUCAUUCUAUGGUCUAUGAUCAUCUCACACUCAUUUCAAAACACACUUAGGUUGCUCUCCGUAAUUGCAGGUGACCCAAUGUUCCUGUGCUAUGUUAAAUGUGCACUUCAAGUGCAAGUGAAUACUUACUGUGUGAAAACAGAACAAAAUGCAAAUCCAGUUCACCAAUGAUUCCCUCUCCCUCCCUCCACCCAGAUUCAUUCAGAUGGCUCCACAGUACUUCUUCUUCAACCUGCCUCCCAGUGAGAGCAAGGACAUCCUCCAGAACAUCUUAGACAAGGGAGCUGAACACUACAAAGCGAAGAAGAUGAAAAAUAGCCCCAGCCUAGAGAGCAUACCAGAAGUCACAGCCAGUUGUGUCAUACAGUGA